UCUGGGAAACUGUCAAUGUCAAAGUCGAUGACAGUUAUUAUGUUAUGGAUGUUGGUUUGAAAUAAAUGGAAUUAUUGUUUUGGUUGCUGACAUUCACUGUGACAAUGGCUUGGCGUUCGCAUGGAAAGACGAACAUCGAGCUGGUGAGAAACCUGAGAUCCAAUGGUAUUAUUAAGAGUGAUACAGUUGAGCAAGCAAUGAUGCAAGUUGACAGAGGUCACUACUCUGUGAGGAAUCCUUAUAUAGAUGCUCCACAAGGUAUAGGGUAUGGGGUGACGAUAAGUGCACCCCAUAUGCAUGCACAUGCUUUGGAGCUGUUAAAAGAAAAGCUGGUUCCUGGUGAAAAGGCUUUGGAUGUGGGCUCUGGGUCUGGUUAUUUGACUGCUUGCAUGGCCUACAUGCUUGGUGAAAAUGGGACUGCAGUUGGUAUAGAUCACAUCCCUGAGCUGAUUCAGAUGGCCACUGAGAACAUUCAGAAGGGAAAUCAAGAACUCUUGCAGUCUGGUAGGGUGCAGCUGAAGUUGGGUGAUGGUAGACUCGGUUUCUCUGAUUUGGGUCCUUACAAUGCUAUACAUGUGGGGGCAGCUGCUCCAACACUACCACAGCCAUUGAUUGACCAAUUAAAGGUAGGUGGCAGGUUGAUUGUACCAGUAGGUCCAGCUGGUGGAGAUCAGCAGCUGGAGCAAAUUGACAAGAUGCCUGAUGGCACCAUAUCCAGAAAAGCUCUGAUGGGCGUGAUUUACGUUCCGCUCACGGACAAAUCCAGCCAAUGGCCGCGCAGCUAUUGACGCUAUUUAAUCUUUAUGAAAGUGAUGUGCACGCUGGUAAUAAUCUUCUUUAUUUUAAUAAUUUUAAAGAAAUUAUACUGAACGUCCCUUGCUAGGCUUUCUA